AUGGGUGAAACCAAGGGCGACAUCUUUGACGACAACAUGCACGUCGCCAUUUUGGCUUUAAUUCCAACUUUAUUGAACCUGGCGGCAAUACACAAAACGAUUCUUAAGUGCGUCAGGAGAGGGCAGUAUAGGAAGAGGAAGAGAGAGGCCAACUCGGCGGAAAAUAUGUCUCCCUCCAGCAGGUGGCGUUUUUCGUUGUUUCGCCCACCAAGCAAAGUGUAUGAGAGAGAUACAUUUGUGUCGAGUGUCGAAUUUGGUCAACAACAAAAAAUGUAUGAGCUAUUUUGCCACAAUAUAUUUAUUUGAUCGAAUAGAAGUUUCGUAAUGCUUAAGUUGUUACGAGUGUACUGAUAUAAGUAGGACACGUGAUAUCCCGGCAACUUUGAAAAAAAAAACACUUUAUAUCUGAGAUGUCUCAAGAUGGCUAUGCAUAUUCAUAGUAUGAGGCUAGUAGCAUAGCAUCCAGUGGCUUGUAUUCAUGGAUGCCAAGGUAAGUCAGGCUUCCCCAAAAAAUUUAACAAUUUAAAAAAGAUUUUUUUUUUUUUUAUCUUUCUUCUCUCUAUGUUUCAUGAUUUUCCUUCAAUUGGCAAGAGGCUGAAUGUAUAUGGAGCCAGAUAGCUGACAAAAGGUUGUACGUACGUAUCGUAAGGAUAGUAAGAAAAUCCAUAUGUAAACUGAGGAGAGGCUUCCGUCUGGCCCCAGUCAGAGCUUCAGAGUUCCUCUGUGGAGAUGGGAGAACCUUCCAGAAGGACAACCAUCUCUGCAGCACUCCACCAAAUAGGCCUUUAUGGUAGAGUGGCCAAAUGGAAGCCUCUCCUCAGUAAUAGGCACAUGACAGCCUGCUUGGAGUUUGCCAAAAGGCACCUAAAGGACUCUCAGACCCUGAUGAACAGAGCAAAGUACAGAGAGAUCCUUGAUGAAAACCUGCUCCAGAGUGCUCAGGACCUCAGACUGGGGGCAAGUUUCACCUUCCAACAGGACAACGACCCUAAGCACACAGCCAAGACAACGCAGGAGUGGCUUUGGGACAAGUCUCUGAAUGUCCUUGAGUGGCCCAGCCAGAGCCUGGACUUGAACUCCCCAAAUACAGGUGUGCCAAGCUUGUAGCGUCAUACCCAAGAAGACUCAAGGCUGCAAUCGCUGCCAAAGGUGCUUCAACAAAGUACAGAGUAAAGGGUCUGAAUACUUAUGUAAAUGUGAUAUUUACGUUUUGUUUUAAUUGUAUCAUUGUAUCAUUGUAAAGCCCUAGUUAUUUCAUGCUUUGACAAAGUUAUUUCUGAAGAUUAUUAUUUAUUUCAUGUGAUUAGUGAUUAAUUUACGUCUGUCUAUCAUUUUAAGGUCAACCUUGUUACGUGAACUGAACUCUUAUUUUAAUAUGGUACAUUUCAAAAGAAACAUUGAACAUCUAAUAGUAAAAUCAUAGUGUAAAAGUAGGUGAGCUGGUUCUACUCUUUUUGGCCAUAUUCUGGUGUUUUGUGGUGAAAACGAGCACAACACAUCAACCCUUUUACCCAUAGAUAGAUAGACAGGCUAGAAAUAUUUUAACAAUUUUAUUUGUUUUUGUGAAUCUUGCAUUCAAUUGCCCCUCCCUGUUGCACACAACAAGCUUCCAUUCCCCGUGUCACAAGGGGAUUAAUGGCUGAUUUAACUAGUAAUUACCAGUAGGAGGGCUGUCCAAAUGGAAUUUUUCCCAGAUGUGGUAAAUUCCCACUUGUUUACAAACAAACGUAACACCACUAACCAUCCACUGUAGAGCCAUAUAAUAUCACGCAUUGGAAUCACAAGAUCUAGACCUACACUUUGAACUACAUUUUGACAUACGAUGUAUAGUUUUUGAUUACAUCGAUAUAAAAUAAGAUAAUACAAAUAAAAAAAAUUCAUUAUUUAAUUUAGCUGGAGAGGCACUUACUAUAGUAUUUUUUUUUACCUCUUGAGAUGGGAAAACAUGUUUGUUUUUUUAUGAAGUUGAACAUGUGCUCUAUAUGACAGAAUGUUAAAAUUAGGUGAUAUCAAAAGUUUGCCCCCAGAAAUAUCUCCAUUGAUCAAUAUGUAAAGAGUAAUUUAAGAAGGCAAAUUAGGCACCACAUUAGCCACCCUGUAGACUUUUAUUUAUUUUAACUUUUUUAUUUAAUUUCACCUUUAUUUAACCAGGUAAGCCAGUUGAGAACAAGUUCUCAUUUACAACUGCGACCUGGCCAAGAUAAAGCAAAGCAGUGCGAUUAAAAACAACAACACAGAGUUACAUAUGGGGUAAACAAAACAUAAAGUCAAAAAUACAACAGAAAAAAUAUAUACAGUGUGUGCAAAUGUAGCAAGUUAUGGAGGUAAGGCAAUAAAUAGGCCAUAGUGCAAAAUAAUUACAAUUUAGUAUUAACACUGGAAUGAUAGAUGUGCAAGAGAUGAUGUGCAAAUAGAGAUACUGGGGUGCAAAUGAGCAAAAUAAAUAACAAUAUGGGGAUGAGGUAGUUGGGUGGGCUAAUUUUAGAUGGGCUGUGUACAGGUGCAGUGAUCGGUAAGGUGCUCUGACAACUGAUGCUUAAAGUUUGUGAGGGAGAUAAGAGUCUCCAGCUUCAGAGAUUUUUGCAGUUUGUUCCAGUCAUUGGCAGCAGAUAACUGGAAGGAAUGGUGGCCAAAGGAGGUGUUGGCUUUGGGGAUGACCAGUGAGAUAUACCUGCUGGAGCGCAUACUAUGGGUGGGUGUUGCUAUGGUGACCAAUGAGCUAAGAUAAGGCAGGGAUUUGCCUAGCAGUGAUUUAUAGAUGACCUGGAGCCAGUGGGUUUGGCGACGAAUAUGUAGUGAGGACCAGCCAACAAGAGCGUACAGGUCACAGUGGUGGGUAGUAUAUGGGGCUUUGGUGACAAAACGGAUGGCACUGUGAUAGACUACAUCCAAUUUGCUGAGUAGAGUGUUGGAGGCUAUUUUGUAAAUGACAUCGCCGAAGUCAAGGAUCGGUAGGAUAGUCAGUUUUACGAGGGCAUGUUUGGCAGCAUGAGUGAAGGAGGCUUUGUUGCAAAAUAGGAAGCCGAUUCUAGAUUUAACUUUGGAUUUAAGAGCAGUUGGAGGCUACGGAAUGAGUGUUGUAUGGCACUGAAGCUCGUUUGGAGGUUUGUUAACAGUGUCCAAUGAAGGGCCAGAUGUAUACAAAAUGGUGUUGUCUGCAUAGAGAUGGAUCUGAGAGUCACCAGCAGCAAGAGCGACAUCAUUGAUAUACACAGAGAAAAGAGUCGGCCCGAGAAUUGAACCCUGUGGCCCCCAUAGAGACUGCCAUAGGUCCAGACAACAGGCCCUCCGAUUUGACACAUUGAACUCUAUCUGAGAGGUAGUUGGUGAACCAGGCGAGGCAGUCAUUUGAGAAACCAAGGCUAUUUAGUCUGCCAAUAAGAAUGCGGUGGUUGACAGAGUCUAAAGCCUUGGCCAGGUCGAUGAAGACGGCUGCACAGUACUGUCUAUUAUCGAUCGCGGUUAUAAUAUCGUUUAGGACCUUGAGCGUGGCUGAGGUGCACCCAUGACCAGCUCGGAAACCGGAUUGCAUAGCGGAGAAGGUACGGUGGGAUUCGAAGUGGUCGUUGAUCUGUUUGUUAACUUGGCUUUCAAAAACUUUCGAAAGGCAGGGCAGGAUGGAUAUAGGUUUGUAACAGUUUGGAUCUAGAGUGUCACUCCCUUUGAAGAGGGGGAUGACCGCGGCAGCUUUCCAAUCUCUGGGGAUCUCAGACGUUACGAAAGAGAGGUUGAACAGGCUAGUAAUAGGGUUGCGACAAUUUCAGCUGCUAAUUUUAGAAAGAAAGGGUCCAGAUUGUCUAGCCCAGAUGAUUUGUAGGGGUCCAGAUUUUGCAGCUCUUUCAGAACAUCAGCUGUCUGAAUUUGUGUGAAGGAGAAGCGGGGGGGGCAUGGGCAAGUUGCAGCGGAGGGUGCAGAGCUGGUGGCCGGGGUAGUGGUAGGCAGGUGGAAAGCAUGGCCAGCCGUAGCAAAAUGCUUGUUGAAAUUCUCAUUAUUGUAGAUUUAUCGGUGGUGAUAGUGUUUCCUAGCCUCAGUGCAGUGGGCAGCUGGGAGGAGGUGCUCUUAUUCUCCAUGGAUUUUAGUGUCCCAAAACUUUUUGGAGUUAGCGCUACAGGAUGCACAUUUCUGUUUGAAAAAGCUAGCCUUUGCUUUCCUAACUGCUUGUGUAUAUUGGUUCCUAACUUCCCUGAAAAGUUGCAUAUCGCGGGGGCUAUUCGAUGCUAAUGCAGUACGCCACAGGAUGUUUUUGUGCUGGUCAAGGGCAGUCAAGUCUGAGGAGAACCAAGGGCUAUAUCUGUUCUUAGUUCUGAAUUGUUUUUUAAUGGGGCAUGCUUAUUUAAGAUUGAGAGGAAAGCACUUUUAAAGAACAACCAGGCAUCCUCUACUGACGGAAUGAGAUCGAUAUCCAUCCAGGAUACCUGGGCCAGGUCAAUUAGGAAGGCCUGCUCGCUAAGGUGUUUUAGGGAGCGUUUAACAGUGAUGAGGGGUGGUUGUUGACCGCGGACCCGUUACGGACGCAGGCAAUAAGGCAGUGAUCGCUGAGAUCCUGGUUGAAGACAGCGGAGGUGUAUUUAGAGGGUAAGUUAGUCAGGAUGAUAUCUAUGAGGGUGCCCAUGUUUACGGAUUUAGGGUUGUACCUGGUAGGUUCCUUGAUAAUUUGUGUGAGAUUGAGGGCAUCUAGUUUGGAUUGUAGGAUAGCCGGGGUGUUAAGCAUAUCCCAGUUUAGGUCACCAAGCAGUACGAACUCUGAGGAUAGAUGGGGGGCAAUCAAUUCACAUAUGGUGUCCAGGGCACAGCUGGGGGCUGAGGGGGGUCUGUAGCAAGCGGCAACAGUGAGAGACUUAUUUCUGGAAAGGUGGAUUUUUAGAAGUAGGAGCUCAAACUGUUUGGGCAAAGACCUGGAUAGUAUGAUAGAGCUCUGCAGGCUAUCUCUACAGUAGAUUGCAACUCCAGCCCCUUUGGCAGUUCUAUCUAGACGGAAAAUGUUGUAGUUGGGGAUGGACAUUUCUGAAUUUUUGGUGGCCUUUCUAAGCCAGGAUUCAGACACUGCUAGAACAUCAGGGUUGGCGGAGUGUGCUAACGCAGUGAAUAACUCAAACUUAGGGAGGAGGCUUCUGAUGUUAACAUGCAAAAAGCCAAGGCUUUUACGGUUACAGAAGUGAACAAAUGAUAGCGCCUGGGGAGUAGGAGUGAUACUGGGGGCUGCAGGGCCUGGGUUAACUUCUACAUCACCAGAGGAAUAGAGGAGGACUAGAAUGAGGAUACGGCUAAAGGCUUUAAGAACUGGUCUUCUAGUGAGUUGGGUACAAAUAAUAAAAGGGGCGUUGUAGAAUAGAUUCAGGGCAUUAUGUAAAGACAAGAAUAUGGAAGGAUAUGAGUACAGUGGAGGUAAACCUAAGCAUUGGGUAACAAUGAAAGAGAGAGCAUCACUGGAGGCACCGAUUGAGCUGGUCUCCGCGUGUAUGGGGGGUGGAACAAAGGAGCUAUUUGAGGCAGUUUGAGAGAGACUUAGGGCUCUACAGUGAAAUUGUAUAAUAAGAACUAACUGGAACAGCAAUAGGCAAGGCAUAUUGACAUGGGAUAGAGGCAUAAAGCAAUCACAGGUGUUAUUCGAGAGAGCUGACAACAACUGGUAAUGGCGAUGAAAGUUUGGGCUGAGGCUAAACAGAUAAACAGGACAGGGUACCGUGUAGAGGAACAGUCCAGCAGGCAUCAGCUGUGCAGCUGAGUGAUCAUAAGGUCCAGUGAACGGCAAUAUGUGAGUCCGAUAGCAGUUCGAAUUGGUGCUACAGCACAGGCGAGCAGGAAGCAUGGCUGUUGAAAUGCGUGUGCUAGCAGGCCGGGACUAGCAGAUGGAUCUUCGUGGUCGUCGCAACGGGAAGCCUGUUGAAACCACAGACGAUUACGUCAGCAGACCAGUUGUGAUGGAUCGGCAGGGCUCCGUGUCGACACUAGGAGGUCCCGUCCGGUUGACAUAGAGUUAGAUAGCCGGGAGAUGGGCCUGACUCGAGGCUAGCUCAAGGCUGAUUAGCCAACCACAACAUCCAUUCGGUUGCAGCUAGCUAGUUGCGAUGAUCCGGUGUUAAAGGUCCAGUGAUUCAGUGAUUCCGGCAGAAAAUCCGAUAUGUUCUGGGUCGAUAACGCGCUGUGCAGACUGGCCGAUAAUAGUCCAGGCUAGAGCUGGCUGGUAGGUAGUGCAGGCCACGGACAAUGGUGAAAAACCCGCUAACGGUGGCUAAUAGCAGGUAGCUAGUUAGCUGGCUACUCCCGUCUGGUAGACAGAGAGGUAGAUAGCCGGGAUAUGGGCCUGGCUCGAGGCUAGCUCAAGGCUAAUUGGUGCUUGCCUCGGGGGCAGUGGUGAUUAGCCAACAGCAACAUCCAUUCGGUUGCGGCUAGCUGGUUGCGAUCCAGUGUUAAUGUCCAGUGAUUCAGUUAUUCCGGCAGAAAAUCCGAUGUUCUGGGUGAAAACCGCUAACGGUGGCUAAUAGCAAGUAGCUAGUUAGCUGGCUAGCUAGUUUCAACUGGAGAUUCUAGAUAAAAGGUAAGUAAAUAAUAGAAUCCGUUCCACAUUGAGUGAGGCGGGUUGCAGGAAAGUAUAUUUAGUAGAAGGAUGAAACGUGUGAUAGGGAAAUAUUUACGAAAAAGACAAAAAAAAUAAAAAAAACAUGCUAUUUACACGGACACACUACAGAGUACACGAAUGCACUGCUACGCCAUCUUGGAACCAUGGUUACGACUAACUGUCAUAGCCAUGCAUUUCUGGAAUAAUGUCAGGCCUUACAUGCAUUUGAGCAAGGAUCCAAUGUCUGUACAAGCAUCUCUGUAAUACAUGUUAAGUCAUUACAUGCAUUUUAGCAAAGAUGCAAAUCUAUCUACAUGCAUUUCAAAUACAUCUCACUUGACAUUUUUUCCCCAUAUGGGACACACACACACAAACACACACACACACAUCUAUGGACACUCUCAAUACUUUCAAAUUCAUUUCCUAUUGUAAUUAGAGGUUGGUUUGAGGAUGUCUUCUGUACUAAUUAUACAUCCUCACAGUUUUGAGGGAGCCUGAGUAUCAAGCGGCAAAACAUGGAAGAUACAGCCACCAGGGUGAUACAGGCUUGUUGCCAUGACAACAGUAGAACGUUUAUCAGCACUGGCAGAUACACACACACACACACACACACACACACACCAUUACAGUGGAAUCUGCCUUGCUUGGAGAUUCCGCUCUGCGGUGCGGUUCAAGAAAUUUAGAAGCAGGCAAAUACACUCAAAGACAGACAGGACAGAGGGGGAUUCAAUAGGAGAGCAACUGAAAAGGGAUAUACUCUCCAAUCCUCAUUCAUUCUGAUGGUGUGUGCACAUUGGCUAUGUCUUCUGUUCCUAUUUUCCAUUGUCUUUGUCUGCAUGAAGGAAGGAUGAAGCCUGCUGCAUGCUACUGCUAUAUUCUGACCACUAUAAUAAUUCAGCAUUGCCUGUGUGUAUAGCCUUCUGUGCUGUAUAUAUGAGACGUACGUUGUUGUUUUUUCAUCAGUCGGCUUGCACUUUGCUUUUUUAAGAUUAGGGCGAGCACUGUCAUCGUAAUGGUAAUUCAUAGCUGUGUAGCCAUGGUGAAGUCAAUUCCCCCCUCCCUCCCUCCGCCACUGCUGAAUGCAUUAGUGUAAUGAGAUGUCUGCAGCCAGCCAGCCAGCCAGCCUGUGUGCCGUGCAGCAGUAGAGACGAGAGGAGCAGAGAGAAACACGUACAGUAGCUAGAGGCAAGUUGGCUUUCACAGCCUGCUGAGGGAGUGUGCUGUGCUUAGAACCUUCUGCUAUUCUGGACUCUUAACAGGGAUCUAAGAAGGGAAGAGCUUGGUUCUCAAGCGUUCUUAGAUCAGAGGAGAUAAGGUAACGGAAGCACUGGUAGACAAGCAGCCAGGAUGUUGGGGCUCACUAUGAGGAUAGGAUGGACUGGAUGGUGGAAGUGUUCCAUGAGGAGGAGCUUGCUUUAUACAUGGUUGCCUUUGUGUUGUCUGUUUUUUAGUGUUCAACUAAAUUUUCUGUAGCUGGCUGCAUUAGUGCCCUGCAGCAGAAUGUCUUGCAGGCUCUUCUGUUUAUUGUUGUUGUGGUUAAUGUUCUGUGACAGCAUCUUUUUCCACAGCAGCCUCAGUAGCUGGAAUAUGGAGGCACAAUUGAAAUAGAUUCUUAUGUAGCAUGUGUAUGUUUGUUAUAUGUAAAGAGAUGAUUGAUUCUAUGAAAGAACAAUGUUGAUGUAUGACGUGUGCACUAACAGUGGUUUAGAUUACAAGCCAUGCAGUCUUAAAUUAUUAUUAUUUUAUCUCCCUUUGUGUUUCCCUCCUUUCUGUAUGUCUCCCUCCAGAUCCAAUGAGUGUACUUGCAGCAGCACAGAAAGCAGACAGCAACAGUGAAAUGCAGUCGCCUGCAGUGUCUCCUUCCUUCCUCCCCAGCCAGCCAGGAAAGAUUCCCGGCAGGAAGAGAGGGAGACCCCCACUACAUCGCAAGAUGGAUUUUCCAACCCACUACCCUGAGUCCCUUCCUCCUCUCAAAGUGCCUAAGAAGAGGGGGAGAAAGCCUGGCUUCAAGGUUAGUGUCAGGGAUGGGAUGGGAAGGGAGAGGAAGAGGAGGGUAUCGGAUGGGGGGAAAGAGAGUGGAAGGGGAGGCGGCAGUGGGGAUGCAGGAUGUUUAAAAAUGCAUAUGGUGAUGUAGCUAGACAGACCCCAUUUCAUUUAUAUUUAGUGGGAGUCAUAUUUUUGGAAAAAGGCUUAACAUGAGUUAGCCUAUGUUUGUUUAAUCGAAACCAGUUUAAAUAAUAUUCUGAUUGGCCGCUGUAUAUGCUAAAUGUCUGCAUUGUUAAAAUGAUUGGUCAAUGCUGCAAUAAGAAUAGGGAAUAUUAUGAAUUAUUUCGUAAAAAGUGAUUUCAUUUUAUUUAUACUGAACAAAAAUAUAAACGAAACAUGCAACAAUUUGAAAGAUUUUACUGAGUUACAGUUCAUAUGAGGAAAUCAGUCAAUUGAAAUAAAUUAAUUAGGCCCUAAUCUAUGGAUUUCACAUGACUGGGAAUACAGAUAUGUCUCUGUUGGUCACAGAUGCCUUAAAAUAAAUGGGACUCACAAUGGGCCUCAGGAUCUCGUCACGGUAUUUUUGUGCAUUCAAAUUGCCAUCGAUAAAAUGCAAUUGUGUUUGUUGUCUGUAGCUUAUCCCUGCCCAUACCAUAACCCCACCGCCACCAUGGGGCACUCUGUUCACAGCGUUGACAUCAGCAAACCGCUCGCCCACACAUGGUUGGACAUAGUGCCAAAUUCUCUAAAACGACGUUGGAGGCGGCUUAUGAUAGAGAAAUUAACAUUUAAUUAUCUGGCAACAGCUCUGGUGGACAUUCCUACAGUCAGCAUGCCAAUUGCACACUCCCUAAAAACUAGAGACAUCUGUGGCAUUGUGUUGUGUGACAAAACUGCACAUUUUAGAGUGGCCUUUUAUUGUUCCCAGCACAAGGUGCACCUGUGUAAUGAUAAUGCUGUUUAAUCAUCUUCUUGGUAUGCCACACCUGUCAGGUGGAUGGAUUAUCUUGGCAAAGGAGAAGUGCUCACUAACAGGGAUGUAAACAAAUUUGUGCACAAAACUUGAGAGAAAUAAGCUUUUUGUGUGUAUGGAACAUUUCUGGGAUCAUUUAUUUCUGCUCAUGAAACAUGUUGCAUCUAUAUUUUUGUUUUGUGUACAAAUUGCUGUGCAAAUAUAUUAAUGUGGAGAUUGCUGUUGAGGAUUUACUAAUGCAAAUUGAGAACCAUAGUAUUUUAAUAAUAAUAUAUACCAUUUAGAAGACACUUUUAUCCAAAGCGACUUAGUCAUAUAUUUUACGUAUGGGUGGCCCCGGGAAUCAAACAACCAACCCAUGCUCUACCAACUGAAUCCAUAGAGGACCAUUUUAGUCUAUUGUUGCUACCUAAGACUGUAAUGAAAUGCCAUUAUUUACAAGUGAUCCAUUUAAACUGUGUGCAAAUAACCCAAUAGAUACUGAGAUCCAACCCUCGUGUCUCCCUGCAGCUGAAGCCCAGGAUGGUGAUGACUCCCCUGGCCAUCUCUCCUCCCAGCAGCACCCCAGAACCAGACAUGAGCUCCAUCCCCCAGGACGCUGCUACCAUCCCCCACUCUGCCACGCCCCAGGUGCUCACAGGUAGGCCAUGCCCUCAGGUGCUUACAGGUAACUCCCACUCUGCCACGCCCACACUGCCACGCCCCAGGUGCUCACAGGUAGGAGGAGUUUGCCUCACUUCUCCGACGUCUCCCCCCAUAAUGCUUUGUCCAGUGAGAAAUCUUGGGUGUUAUGAAAAGUUUAAUCGGUGAUCACAUUUAAAAUGUAAUUUGUAUCCCGUUCAUUAUAAGCAUACUGUAUUCAUUCAUUUAAUAGUGAUUGAAAGCAACGUCACCAAAAUAGCCAACCUAAAUAUCUUUGCCUUCUCGGUCCCUCCUAUUGUGUUCCCUGCAGUGUGUAUCUACAUCAACAAGCAGGCCAACAUGGGUCCUAACCUGGACAGGAAGAAGCUGCAGCAGCUCCCAGAUCAUUUUGGGCCUGACAGGCCCUCCGUGGUGCUGCAGCAGGCCGUCCAGGGGUGCAUCGACAGCGCCUUCCAGCAGAAAGCUGUGUUCACUCUCCUCACGCAGGGCUACGGAGGGGAGAAAAUAUCAGGUAUAACAUAAACCCACAGAUUGUAUGUAGUGUCACUGAGAUUUUUAGUUUUAUAUUCAUUUAUAUGAUUAGUAGAAAUUGCCCAGAGGGAAAUAGCAGAAAUUGGCAUACACUCAUUUGAUCAUCUAAUAACCAUAAGGUAUCCUUCCUUUCUCUUGCCCAUUCACCCUCUGAAUGGCACACAUACACAAUCCAUGUCUCAAUUGUCUCAAGGCUUAAAAAUCCUUCUUUAAACUGUCUCCUCCCCUUCAUCUACACUGAUUGAAGUGACAUCAAUAAGGGAUCAAACCUUUCACCAGGAUUCACCUGGUCAGUCUAUGUCAUGGAAAGAGCAGGUGUCCUUAAUGUUUUGUACACUCAGUGUAGAGCAAUACUUUCGACCAGGGCCCAUAGGGCUAUGGAAUAGGGUGAGAUUUGUUGCUUUGAGAUUGUUGCUUUGAGACAUGGCUGUAGAGAUGUGUCGCCUAGGGCAAGGUUAACUGCAACAAGCUUUACUGCAAUAGGAAAUGAACAAUGUUUCCAAGUUAAUCAAGUGUUCCUUUGAUUCCCAGCCACCUUCGAUGGAAAGCAGCACCUUCUGAGUCUGCCUGUGGUCAACAGCAUUGGCUACGUGCUACGCUUCCUCAAGAAGCUCUGUCGCAGCUUGCACUGUGAAAACCUCUUCAGCGACCAACCAAUCACCCAGCAUAAUGCCUCCUACCAAUCAGAGGGUAUUGUACUGUCCUUUAUUCAAUUAAAUUCAAAAUACUUUAUUUAUCCUACAAGGGGAAAUUAUGUAGGCAGGAGUGCAGAUAUAAUGCAUUGUGCAUUACUUCUUAGAAAACACACUCCUGUACCUUAACAAGAGCCUCUGAAAAAAUGUCCCUCAGAAAUAUUGUGGGCUCAGUUCCCCAAAUAUUGUGCUAUAUUGCUUCAGAUUGCACAUGGAAGCACAGAAAGACAAUUUGUGAAAUACACAUCAUUUGGUGUUUUACUUGUGUAAUCCAUUAUCCAAAUCCCUGUAUUCCUACCCAAACAGCUGAGACCUCCAUGCCAGAAGACUACCUAGAACACUCCCAUAUCCCCCAGAAAUAUCCUAGGCUCAAUUCCCCAAACAUGUGCGUUUGUUGCUUCGGAUUGAAAAAUUAAAGCACAGAACGGCAUUUCAAAUACAUAUUUCAAAGACUUCAGCUUCUGUCCAAAGUGAUUCAAAGUAUUGCAAAUAUGUUUUACUUAUGUAAUCUUUUUCCAUUCAUUUCACAGCUGAAACCUCCAUGCCAGAGGAGUACCUUCUGGACCCGUCAGACAAACGCUACUCAAUGGACCCAGGUGACUCCGCCUUUAGUGCCAUAAGCUCCUCCUACUCAUCCAAACCGUCCUAUGGGUUUCGCUCCUCGCAGCAAUUCCCCAACGGCUCCUCCCCCUUGGGCAUGUGUAGACAGACGUCUAGUCCAAAUACUUUCCUGGAAGGUAACAGGAUAGGUAAGAGACUGGAGAGUGGAGACUAGGGUUGCAGAACUCCGUUAACUUUCCCAAAAUGACCAGGUUUCUUAUUCCCUUCUGAUUCCGGUGAUCUUCCAACCGGGAUUUCUGGAAAACCUGGGGAUUUUGGGAAAGUUUGUUUCUUGCUAUACUCACAACCCCCUAAACAGGUCAAAUUGACCAGUAGUGAAAUAUUUAUUCUGUACCUGUCUUUCUCUUUUCUCAUCCAGCGUACAAUCCAUCUCAGGACUCCCAGGAGUCCAAGGUGCCCCCCAGAAAGGACCCUUCCACCUGGAGUGUAGAGGACGUGGUGUGGUUCAUCAGAGACGCUGACCCCCAGUCCCUGGGCCCUCAUGUGGACAUAUUCAGGAAGCAUGUAGGCUACCCUUGGGCUCACUCUUAAUUAAUGAUUAUUUUGAUACCUUGCAUCCUCUCUCCUCACCUACUCAAAACGCCUUAGAUGAGAAGGUCAGAGGGGAGGAACAGAGGAACCUUGGACCUUCUCCUCCAAUAUAGUUGAGAAGGAGGUGAGGAGACAGGGUGUGAGGAAUCACAGAAAAACUAAUUGAGAUUGAGGCCUGCCCACUGGGCAAAAACUGGUUGAAUAAACAUUGUUUCCACGUCAUUUCAACAACUGAAAAUAAAUGUGAUGACAUUGAAUCAAUGUGGAAAAAUGUUUGGAUAUGCAAAAAGUCAUCCAAAAAUUUUUAUAAAAAUGCAACCAACUUGCAACCUAAAUCCAAUGACAUAGUGACUUUUUUUGUUGAUUUCACAUUGAAUUCACAUUAGUUGACAACUUAAUCAAAUGUAAAUCAAAACUAGAUGUUGAACUGACGUCUGUGUCCAGUGGAUGGAUCUGCUACAGUGAUCGGAUUAUAUCUGGAAGUUAUGUUUUGUGAAAUACUAACCAGGAUUUGGGGCACUUCCAUUUCAAUUCAGUAAACAACCCUGAUACAUGUGUUUGAUUAGUUUACUUUACUUGUGGAGAUAUAACCUGACUUUCUUUCCCACAGGAGAUAGAUGGCAACGCGUUGUUACUUCUAAAGAGUGACAUGAUCAUGAAGUACCUAGGACUGAAGCUGGGGCCAGCCCUGAAGCUCUGCUAUCACAUCGACAAACUAAAACAAAAC